AUGUCACUAAUCGCACAACUAAAACAGAAGAAGACCACCAUACCCAAGCUUUUUGAGAUGAAGCUACGCAUCAUCUCGCAGGCCGUUUACCACCCGUUAAUUGAGAACUCCGAAGUACUGAUCGACGCGUUGGAUACUAUACGCAACGAAGGAGUUAUAUCACAACGACAGAGGGACCGACUGUUAAUAUCAAUCAUCGCAUACGGCAAAGAUGCCACGAUGAAAAGAAUGGAGUCCGGCACCCUCGACAGACCACUCAACAUAUACGCGAAGAGCUCGCGAAAGAAACCGGGUGAACGGCAAUAA